GAGCGAUUGGCGAUUGAUUGAUUCUAACCAUCUACGCCACUUAAUUCCCUCGACAUCAUGAAUGGGUUAAAGAAGCGGAAGGCGACUAGCCAAACACCCAGCGCACCCGCGAAAAAGAAAGUCAAAGCCCGCGAACCAAACAAAAAAUCUACCACCCAAACAAAAGUAAAGAAGCGUAUCACUGCCGACUCUCUACGAUGGCGCAAAGCCAAGCUGCCCGAUAUGUUCAACGAUGCCGAGGGCUUCUACGGCUUGGAGGAAGUUGACGACGUAGAAGUUUUCCGAAAUAGCAACAAUACUGUGGAAUUUAGAGCUGUCGUCCACUCAAGCGACGAAGAGAACGAAGAAGACGGAGAGGACAAGGGUGAUGAGAUACAGAGCGAUGAUGAAUUUGAAGGGUUUGACGAUGAGCCAUUAGCGCAAGCUACUUCAAGAAGCGCGUCGCCUAGCCUAACAAAAGCCGACGAGAAUAUGGACUCGGAGACAAAAUCUACUGUGAAAGAAGGCACAAAGGCGCAAAAGAAACAGAAAAAAAAAGAUUUAAAACAGACCGAGGAUCCGGAGCUCGAGACCAACAUCUUCGCUGGAAUGGACGCUGCGGACGAAACACAGGAUGACGUUGAUCUUUCCGCGUGGGUCUCAUUAGACCUAUCCCCUCGUAUUCUUGAGUCUUUGGCCAAGCUGAAAUUCCUGAAACCUACCCGUAUACAAGAAGCUACAAUACCGCAGAUAUUGGCUGGUCACGAUGUCAUAGGUAAAGCCUCGACAGGUUCAGGUAAAACACUAGCAUUUGGUAUUCCAAUUGUUGAGAAGUGGUUGGAAUUAUCUGAUAGCGACGACGUUUCCCAAGGUGACUCUAAGGUUCCGCUUGCAUUAGUCCUUUCACCGACAAGAGAACUCGCACAUCAACUCACAGAACACAUUAAGAACCUUUGUGCCGGCUUACCGAAUUCACCCUACGUAUGCUCGGUGACCGGUGGUUUGUCAGUUUACAAGCAGCAACGUCAGCUAGCUAAGGCAGAUAUCGUCAUUGGAACUCCCGGUCGACUGUGGGAGGUCCUGAGCUCUAGCUCGGAAUUGAUGAGUAAUUUUAGAAAUAUCCAGUAUCUCGUGGUGGACGAAGCAGACAGACUUUUGACAGAAGGACAUUUUCAAGAAGCUGCCGAGAUUUUCAAUGCUCUAGACCGGGUUGAAGAGGAUGAAAACGAAGAGCAAGAAGCGACAUUUUCGCCGAGACAAACUCUUGUAUUUUCAGCAACAUUCCACAAAGGUCUACAGCAAAAAUUGGCUGGUAAAGGAAGAUCUAAUUUAAUGAGCGAGAAGGACUCUAUGGAGUAUUUACUGAAAAAAUUGAACUUCCGAGAAGAGAAACCCAAGUUUAUCGAUGUUAAUCCGGUAUCUCAAAUGGCUGAAGGGCUUAAGGAAGGGUUGGUGGAAUGUGGCGCGAUGGAGAAGGAUCUCUACCUAUACGCACUCCUGAUAUUAUAUCCAAACGUGCGAACGCUUGUCUUUACCAAUUCCAUUAGUUCAGUCCGAAGAUUAGCCCCUAUGCUUCAAAAUCUAAAUCUUCAGACCAACCCGCUCCACUCUCAAAUGCCUCAAAAGGCGCGUCUACGUUCAGUUGAGCGAUUCACCGGCACGAAUCAGGGGCAGUCAUCUAUCCUCGUUGCAACAGAUGUCGCUGCCCGUGGUUUAGAUAUUCCUAACGUCGACUUGGUAGUCCAUUACCACGUUCCUCGAGCUGCGGACGUCUAUGUACACAGGUCUGGACGUACUGCGCGUGCAGAAAAAACAGGAUUAAGUAUACUUCUCUGCUCGCCUGAAGAAGUUGUCCCGACCCGACGGCUUAUUGCGAAAGUGCAUUCGAGCACUGAUAAGGGGGGGUCUAGGAAGAACUUCUUCGUGCAGACGUUAGACAUGGACCGAAAGCUAGUCAACCGGUUAAAACCACGCGUCACGCUGGCGAAAAAGAUUGCUGACGCAGGGCUUGCGAAGGAGAAAGGAAGCAAGGAGGAUGACUGGAUGCGGAACGCGGCAGAUGAGCUAGGUGUGGAGUACGAUAGCGAAGAAAUACAGCAGGUCGGCAAGUGGGGAGGACGAGGGGGAGGUCGGAAGGAAAAGCAAAACCAAGCGAGGGCUAUGACCAAGGCUGAGCUAGGGGCUCUGCGCGCCGAACUAAGAGAGCUCCUUUCCAAGCGAGUCAAUGCUGGCGUGAGCGAGAAGUAUAUCGCGACCGGUAUGGUAGAUAUGGAUGAGCUAUUACGCGGUGCUAAGGGGGAGUUCUUGGGUAAGGUCAACGGCCUCGAUAUUGAAACAUUAUAGUGAGAAUACUAUUUAAGUAUAGCUCUAAAUAUGUACGGAUUGCCGACAAGGGCUACGUUAUCGAACUUCCUAAUCUCCUAUUAGCGGCACAAGCUAGAGUCAUUCCUCCUCAGCGGUCACUCUAAUCCCGACAACAGCUUAACUAAGGGAUAGGUUGAAUAGCGGACAGCCUCUAAGCGGAAUGGUCUAGCUUCAACCCAUGUUGCUACAUAGCAAUAUUCGGCGCUCUAUUACGUCGUUCUUAGAAUAUGAUGUUUUGCCCCAG